UCCUCCUCGCGCCAGUAAUGAGCUUUUGGUAUCAGCUGCCGAGUUUGCCUAGUAAUUGGAGUCCUCGUUACAAUUUAUCAUGGUUACCUGCAGAAAGCCAGAGAUAUAGGAAGCCGCAGGUGAAGUAAUAAAAGAUGAAUAAUAGGGUGGUGCCAUUGAAAGUACCAGUAGCAAAGAAAGAAAAUGGAUCCAAAGAAGAAAAAGACACAAAACCUUCAAUCAAAAAGCCAGAGGAACAGAAAGCGCCUUCUGCCAUUAUAGAGAAACUACCCAAGAAGGGCUCGGGGGAAUCCCCAAGGACACACGCUCCAUUUCUAAGCUCUGAACAUCAGAAAUCCAUCAGCAUUAAAAUUAGUGAGUUUCUCCAUCCCAACGCACCGGACAUCUCCUCAUCAUUCGAGCAGCUGGUUCAACCCGCAGAACCGAAACCUGUGGAGGGCCUAGCCAACCCAUCGUUCUCCAUAGAGAAUGCCAGUGAUGACUGCGAUUCCACUCCCACGCAUAACGCCCCCAGCAUCUUCUCUUUUGAAGACAGUGCUAUCCAGGAGUAUAAUAAAACGAGGAGGAGAUUUGUCAGAGAAGACAGUGAGGGCAAGUCCUCGGAGGAAGGAGGGAGGGUCAUCUCUGUACAGCCUGCCAAAACUGUCCUCACCCCAGGCAGCAGGAACUCUGAGGGAGGGGGUCAGCUCCAUGUGCCGAGGUUUUCAGAAUCACGUCGCCCAAGUGACCCCACCUUCUUAAACAGUGGGACCAAGCUCUUAAACGAACUGUCCCCAGCAGGUCCUAAUGGAAAAACUGACGCCUUCCUUUACAAUUCUACUACAGAUGUUAGACAGGCACCUACAAGCCCCAGUUUCUAUGGGGGCUCUAAGUUUGAUUUACAACCCCCGCCCAGCCCUGGACUGCUCAGCAUCAAUUCAGCAUGGAGUGAGCUGGCCAAACUGCAUUCUAGAAGGUCAUCUUAUGGGGAUAUUUCAGAAACAAGGAGUAACAGUUUAUCCAAUGUGAGCAGCAGUCUGAGUCAGUACCUUCAUGACUUGGUCCGGGCGUUCUCCAGCCGGACAGAGAAGAUCAAAGAGAACACCAUCCAGCCCCCCACCCCCUCCUCACUGUCAGAGGUGGAUGCUGUGUCAGAGGCUAACUCAGCAGUUUCUGUGACAGAGGAUGAGUCUGCCAGACAGAACAGAAUUAACAAUUUUUAUCCUGAGCACAUGAAGCUGGGGAAGGAUGGUCUACCCACAGAGGCAGAGCUAGACAAGUUCUACAUGGACUGGGGCUGCUGCAAGUCCCGCCUCCCCACCUGCUGCAAAUAUCUACAGUUUCCCUCCAUUUUAGAACCACAAAGUAAGCUUUACAUGAGCUGGCUGGCCCUGGUUACUCUCUGCUUUACCUACAAUGUGUCUGUGAUUCCAUUACGAGGGAUCUUCCCCUACCAGAAUAACAAGAACCUGAUAUACUGGCUGAUUUGUGAUUAUUUCUGUGACUUUAUCUACCUGUUAGACAUUCUUGUUUUCAAACCAAGACUGACUUUCCUCAAUAGUGGACUAAUGGAAGAGGAUCAAAGACUGACAAAGAAGAAUUAUAUGAAGAAAAGCAUGUUUAAGUUUGAUGUUUUAUCUUUGCUGCCUUUGGAUUUUUUCUACUUUAAAGUUGGAGUUGUUCCUUGGCUUCGGUUUCCCAGAUAUUUUAAAAUUCAGACUUUCUGGGAGUUUUUUGAGCGCUGUGAUCAGGCGGUUAGAUCAGCUCACAUCCUCAGAAUUAUUAAGACAAUGAUCUACAUGCUGUUCCUGAUUCAUGUUGAGACCUGUGGAUAUUAUGCUAUGUCUGCCUAUGAAGGAAUUGGCAGCAAUAGAUGGGUGUACAAUGGAGUAGGCAAUGCCUAUAUCCGCUGCUUCUACCUGGCUACAAAGACGGCCACUUCCAUUGGAAACAACCCUCAGCCAACCAAUGUCAUGGAGUAUGUCUUUAUGACAGUGUACUGGGUGUCAGGAGUGUUUGUGUUUGCACUUCUGAUUGGUCAGAUCAGGGAUAUUGUGGAUGCUGCAGGAAGAGUUAAGGCCCUUUACAAUAAGAGAAUGGAUGCUGCCAUUUGGUACGUCAAGAACCUUAACCUGCCAAAGGAAACCCAGGAGAAAGUCAGGACCUGGUUUAUAUAUAACUGGCAGCAACAGAAGAUACUUGAUGAGAAGGCUUUGAUGGAUACACUGCCUAAGAACUUGAGGACUGAUUUGGCCAUCCAUGUUCACUUCAACACACUGAGUAAAGUCAAGCUGUUCCAGGAUUGUGACAAGACCUUACUGUUUGAUCUUGUAUUAAAGCUAAAGCCAAUACUAUACCUGCCUGGGGACUAUGUUUGUAGAAAGGGGGAAGUUGGCAAGGAGAUGUACAUCGUAAGUCAAGGUCAAGUAGACGUGGUAGGUGGCCCAGACAACUCAAUCGUCCUGGCAACACUGAAGGAGGGUAGUGUCUUUGGUGAAAUCAGUUUGCUGGCUCUGAGUGGAGGGGAAGGAAAUCGGCGGACAGCAGACGUCGUCUGUAAGGGAUUCACCAACCUCUUCAUCCUCUCCAAAGGCGACUUCGAGGCGGCCAUGGCGGAAUAUCCAGAGGCUCACAGACACAUGAAAAAGAGAGCCAAAAAGUUACUCAGGCAAAAUGCUAAAUUAGCCAAGGAGAGUGCCGAGUCGUUGGGAAGUUCCUGUACAGAUGAGAUCAUUAAAUCUACAUCAGCCAUUAGCAGAACUCCUAAAAUGGUCACAACUGUUAUGCAGGUGAUGGAUCCUGAUUCCCAGGUGAUGAAAAAACUGAACAAGUCACAUGACACACAGGAAGUGGAGGAAAUGUUGAAGGAACAGGAGAACUCAGGGAAAGGGCUGCCUACAGACCAAGAAGUGGAGGAAUUCUUCAAUGAGAUGCUGACAGUGGAGAUACCAGUCCCCACCCCACAAAGCCAGCACUCCCUGAGAAAGGGGAGCAGUAAACUAAAGAAAGAGGACACCAUAACCACAGAACACAGUGAGGAAUCAACAGACUCAGGGGUACAGCUGAUAAAAGCCUGCAGUCCUAUAGACAGCAUAACUAAAACCAUCAGUAACAAGGAAAGUAAAGAGUCUGUCCUCACUCCAGAAAUAACCACAGAUUUAGCGGACAUAUUGGAGGAAACCCGGAGCUGGGUGGAGCAGCAGACGCUUCAUACACAGAUGAUCAGUGAUGGAGGUUUCCUGGCGGAAUUCUUUGAGGAUGACCUCACGAACAAUCCAGAGGAGGAGCCAGCACACAAUGAGGAGGAGCCCAGGGGAGAUAGGUCUGAGGACCAGGUGACAAAGGACAUGGAAGGUCAAGGUUGUCUUCAGAACGUUGAACUUCAUGGAGAGCUCAGGCGUGAGAGUGAGGAUAUGAACAUGAACAGCAUAGAUAACUUGUUGAGUAAAAUAGAGGAAGAACAUGCCAGUAGUGUGGUGGAGAACAGUGAACACAAUGCAGCUGAAAAUGUGUCAGUGGAUAUGGGGGAUGGUAUUACAAGUGUAAGGGUAGAAAAUGAACUAGAGGAGGUAGAUGAUAUAGAGUUGAACAAAGACAGUUUGAAAGAUGAAAAAGUUGAAACAAAUGUUGAACAAGGUGAAAAAGUAGUUGAAAUCAAGGCAGUUGACAAUGAACUGAAUUCACUUGAGAAUAAAAUUGUAUCUGAACCAAAACAACUCAUGAGUGUAGAACCCAAAAGUAGAUCCCUCUCCAUUCACAGUGCUGGAUCAUUGACUGAAAGUGACAUCAUAGAAAGGGAACCAAAGAGAAAUCCCAUACAGGAGUCCAAACGCGUCAUGUCUGAACCGGCAAACCUCUCUAUAAACAGAAUUCCCUCCAAGAACAGAAUAACGUGUGCUGUGGAGGUCCACCGUGAAAAAAGCAUCACCCCCACCUCUGUGGUGGAGUGGCAAGACAAUGGAGCUAUGGAGUUACAAAAACAAGGCAGUACUGCGUCUUCACCACGGGAACUGCAGUAUUUUGAGUCAAGUGUUUGAUGGUACUUAUUGUUUGUGACUGUAGUAUCACGUAAUCUUAAAUGUUACUGUUGAUUCUCUGUCACAAGUUGUGUGCUAAAUGAAAAGUCUUAAUUUAUUUAUUGUGAGAGAAAGAUUGGUCAAGUUUUAUUUGUUGUAAAUGUAAAGUGUAUUUCAUAAGAAUUUAUAUAAACCUUAUUGACCAUCAUCAAAACCAACUAUCUAUGUGUAUUUUCAAUUCUUGCCUGGUAGGAAAUGCAUUAUACACAUUAUGUGAGUUAAAGUGCAUGUGAAAUGUUUUUGUGAUUGUGGUACCUUGUAAAUUUUCUAUAGCCUUGUGCUCUGUUAUUUAUUAUUAUUUAUUCAAAACUAUAUUUCGUUAAAAUUUGUAAUACUUUUUAAUUAAAUUCUAAGCUGGCUUAGAAAUCAUGUUUAUAAAUUCAUCAACAGAUUUUCUAAUCAUUGUGUUUAUGAAAUGUAAUCUUACU